UGAAAUGGCUGGACUAUCAAAUCAAUGCCGAGCUCUGUUCUUGCUUCCUACGACAAAAGUCCACUCUUUCAUGUUAUUGUCGUCUUAAAUAUCGAUCUCCCUUCCGCCUGUCUCUUUCUGAUGACUGCAUUAAUGGCCACUGUCUGCCCUGGCUACUCUUCGCUGCUCUGAUCUGCCGCCCUGCCAAGAAUCAAUUCUUUAUUAGCUAGCACACCUUCCUGGAUGGAUCUCUAAGCUCAACAAGCUGCCCUAGUUCUUGACGCGGCAGCUUCCAUGUCUGAAUACGUUUGGCCUAGGGUUUGUUGGAUGGGAGCGGCGUCGAGUGUUGCCCCCCAAAGCUCACCUCUUCAUCUCUGCGAAAGACUGCUGCUUUUUUUGGUUUGUUUCGGUAGAAACCCUAACCCUCGGUUUCGGGAGAGCAUGGAGGGGCUUUCUCUGAUGUUUAGGGUUUUCUAUUGGCUUUGCUUGGUGGCUUCUGUGGGGGGCAUCGGAGCUAACUGGGGCAUGCAGACAAGCCACCCUCUGCCCCCCAGCACGGUGGUUCGGUUGCUCAGGGACAAUGGGUUUCAGAAGGUGAAGCUGUUCGAUGCCGAUGCAGGGACGAUGGACGCGCUGGGGAAGAGUGGGCUGGAGGUUAUGGUCGGCAUCCCGAACGAUAUGCUCGCCGUGUUGGCCUCGAGCUCGAAGGCGGCCCAGAAUUGGGUUUCGAGCAAUGUCUCAGCUUACAUCAAUGAUGGAGUCAACAUCAGGUAUGUCGCGGUUGGAAAUGAACCUUUCUUGGAGACCUACAAUGGAAGUUUUCUCCAAACUACAUUUCCAGCCCUCCAAAACAUCCAAAGUGCUCUCAUCAAAGCCGGUGUGGGCAGCCAGGUUAAAGUCACUGUCCCUCUCAAUGCCGACGUUUACGGAUCGCCUAGCGGUCGGCCAUCCGACGGAGAUUUCCGGUCUGAUAUCCAUGAUCUCAUGCUCGCCAUCAUCAAGUUACUCAGCGACAAUGCAGGCCCCUUUACUGUGAACAUCUACCCUUUCAUCAGUCUCUACAGGGAUCCAAACUUCCCGAUUGAUUAUGCUUUCUUCGAUGGAAAUUCUUCGCCGGUGGUCGAUGGCACGACUAGCUACACCAACAUGUUCGAUGCCAAUCACGACACUCUAAUUUGGGCCCUGAAAAAGAACGGUUACGGCAAUCUACCGGUCGUCGUCGGAGAGAUUGGCUGGCCAACGGACGGGGACAUGAACGCGAACCCUCAGAAUGCUCAGCGAUUCAAUCAGGGAUUCAUGAAUCAUAUCUCCAUGGGACAGGGCACGCCGAUGAGGCCAGGGCCGAUCGAUGCGUACCUCUUCAGUUUGGUGGACGAAGACGAAAAGAGCAUCCAACCGGGAAAUUUUGAAAGGCACUGGGGUGUUUUCACUUAUGAUGGACUGCCAAAGUACCAACUGAAUCUCGGCACGACCAAGACCGGAUCCCUGAUUCAGGCACAAAACAUCCAGUAUCUAGACAAGAAAUGGUGCGUCCUCAAGCCGGCCGUGGCGCCUGAUGAUUCCAGGAUAGCUCCGAGCAUCAGCUAUGCUUGCUCACAGGCAGACUGCACAGCCCUCGGCUACAAGACCUCAUGUGGGGAUCUGGACGAGCAAGGCAACAUUUCGUAUGCAUUCAAUAACUACUACCAGAAGAACGACCAGGACGACGUCGCGUGCGGAUUUUCGAACCUGGCGACGGUGACGGAGAAGGAUCCGUCGACGAGAACUUGUAGGUUUGAGAUCAUGAUUGUGGUAGAUUCGGCCAUGCCAGGGAAGUUGCAGGGAGUGAGGGAUUGUGGGGUUGCCUUGCUGCUGGCGGUGUUCGUUUCAGUGGUUUGGCAAUUGGUGUGACAUUGUUUUUUUUUUUUGUAUCAUGAAACAGAAGCCUCCAAUUUGCUUCCAUGCUCACGGGCGAACUUUUUAGCAGACUUCUGAAUCUUGCGUUUUUCUAGUGUUGGGAACAAAUCUUGCUGGUA